CGUGUCUAUUGUGUUUUUGUGAUUUGCUGCUGAUAAGAAAAUGAACGGAUUGAUUGUAUUUAACAGCGCCAACGACGUAGUCUACCAAAAGCUAAAUCACGCUCUAGCUCAAAAGAUCUGCGAUGUAGCCGUCGCCCAAGGGCUGCUUCCUUCCGGGGUGCAGGAAACGGGUUGCAUGGUGGACAGCAACAUAUUGCUGCAGAUUUUUAGUCCCAUUGUGGGCUCGCAACGGAUAAUGCAGUGCCAAUUUGACAACGCCUAUGCCAGCCUCCAGUGCGAGCAAGGCUUCAACCUGGUUUUUGGGGAACACCUUGGGUUCACUUUUCUGAAGAUUGGACACACACCCGUGGAGCAGCUUGGUCGGCAGAUGGGUGUUGCCAUCACUCUUACGCGUUACUGCUAUGGAGCCAAUCUAUUUUCCGCCCAGGCAGGUGCGAUGCAGCAGGAGCUUUUGACGCAGUGCCUAGACUGCUACGAAACCCUGCUGUUGCAGGAGGACCAGGCCUACCUUCUGGAGUCCAUGCCUAAACUGCUGAUCAACGCAGAGCUGAAGAGAACGGUACACCUAACGCUGGAUGCCACACUGGAGCAGCUACGACAGGCGGGUCUCCCAAGAGCCCAUGCUCUCCUUAUAGUCUCCAACAAACUGGUUGCCGCCAAUAGCACCCGACAGGCUCUUCCGCUAGCUGCCGCUGAUUUGCUAUUCCUUAGUCUGAUGUCGCGAACUCUGCAAUCCCCUAAAUCUCCAGCACACCGAGCAGUGGCCGUGUUUCUCCAAGGCGUCUCCCACGAUGUGAACUCCGGAUGUGUGCCGAGCAUUGUGCACAUAUCUCGAUUGCAUGGUAAUCAGGCCCUACUGCAGGUCAUUGAGUAUUCCAGCAUGCCACUAACCAGCUGUAUCUACGACACAUUUUUCGUGUUCCAAAAGAUUAUCAACGUGCAACACCAGGGCGAUUCUGAUGCUUUAAAACCCGCCUAUGAGAAUCUGGAAUCCUUUGUUGGCCAAACUCUGACGGCUCUGAAAAGAUAUCUUAAGCAGAGGCCGGAAGAUUUGGAAAACUGCAUAAAAAAGUUUUCCGCAAAGUGGGAGAAUUUACGAAAGAUGUAUCUAGAAUACUUCAAGAACUUUGAACGCGAGCUGCUUGUACGAAUCGAGUCCAAUCUCCCGUCUUUUGGGGAAGAAUUAAAACACCUUUUUACUCUGGCAUGUUGUGACAGUUCAAGUGUCCACGAACUAGAUCAACUCUCUGAGACGGCAGCAAAUGUGGAAGCAAAACUUUUAGAAUUUGCCGAGUUUUUAGCCGUCAAAGCCACACGUAACAUAUCUAUUGAUGCUUAUCUGGAGGACUUUCCGGGAUUAGUACACUUCAUGUAUGUGAAUCGCAGCAAGGGGCAGAUGCUGGCUCCCGAUUUGCGGCCCAACCAACUAGUGCCGAAGUCAAAACUCUGGAGCAUGGUGGACAUUGCUCGAAGUUACCUAAAGAAGGGUCAGACCACUGUUAUUUGGAAAGACAAGGCCUUUCACUACUCCUACUUUCUUUGGUUUGAAGAUCAGUCGGGAACUAUUUUAAAUUCAACACUAGAUCUACAACAGCAUUUUCUUUCUACGGGUGCGGCCAGCGGGCAGAAAACUCCAACAGAGCCGGGUGCCCUCACCAUGGAUUACUACCACGAUUUGGCCGAACUGUGCUUUCCCAAGCUGACGCCAGGAAAAGUGCGAGUCUACGAACUUUACUGCAUACAUUUGGGACUAGUCACCGCAACCUGUGCCGUGGAGCAUGCCAGACGCCUUGUGGCCACUAUCAGUGAUGUGGUUGGGGAGGAAACAUUUUAAUAAUUAAGCGUUUUUAUAUAAACAUUCCAUGUAACAUUUCCAGCGAUACGUCGCUUGAUUCUAGUCAAUUCACGAGGCUCCUUGAGGAGACAACCCAUGCGAAAUUUUGUUUUAGGGACAACUAUCCAUUGUUAUAGGCUACUCAUAGAUAUAAUAAAAAUAUUCUUCAUUACAUGCAAUAAAAACAACAAUUAACCUA